GGGAGGAGGAGAGAGCAGCCUGUCCUGGUGUCUGCCUGUCAGUCACUGUGUGGAAGGCGUGCCGGAACGUGCAGCGGGCCAAUGGGGUGUGUGUGUGGCAGCGUCUCCAUGGUGACGGGGCUGUUCCCGGGGAGGCUGUGAUGGGUUGACAGGUGCGUGACAGUCGGAGCUCUCUGCAGGCAUGUACGGCAAAGGCAAGAGCAACAGCAGCGUCCCGUCCGACAGCCAGGCCAGGGAGAAGUUAGCACUGUAUGUAUAUGAAUAUCUGCUCCAUGUAGGAGCACAGAAAUCUGCCCAGACAUUUUUAUCAGAGAUAAGAUGGGAAAAAAACAUCACAUUGGGGGAGCCCCCAGGAUUCUUGCACUCUUGGUGGUGUGUAUUUUGGGAUCUCUACUGUGCAGCUCCAGAAAGACGAGAAACAUGUGAACAUUCAAGUGAAGCUAAAGCCUUUCAUGAUUAUAGUGCUGCAGCAGCUCCCAGUCCAGUGUUAGGAAACAUUCCCCCAGGAGAUGGCAUGCCAGUGGGUCCUGUACCACCAGGUUUUUUUCAGCCUUUUAUGUCCCCUCGAUACCCGGGAGGUCCAAGGCCACCUUUAAGAAUACCCAAUCAGGCACUUGGAGGUGUCCCGGGAAGUCAGCCAUUAUUGCCCAGUGGGAUGGACCCAACACGACAACAAGGGCAUCCAAACAUGGGUGGGCCAAUGCAGAGAAUGACUCCUCCAAGAGGAAUGGUUCCUAUAGGACCACAGAACUAUGGAGGUGCAAUGAGACCACCACUGAAUGCUUUAGGUGGCCCUGGAAUGCCUGGAAUGAACAUGGGUCCAGGAGGUGGUAGACCAUGGCCAAACCCAACAAAUGCCAAUUCUAUACCAUACUCUUCAGCAUCUCCUGGGAAUUAUGUAGGUCCCCCAGGGGGUGGAGGGCCACCAGGAACACCCAUCAUGCCUAGUCCAGCAGAUUCAACCAAUUCUGGAGACAACAUGUACACUUUAAUGAAUGCAGUACCACCUGGACCCAACAGGCCUAAUUUUCCAAUGGGCCCAGGGUCAGAUGGUCCUAUGGGUGGAUUGGGUGGAAUGGAAUCACAUCACAUGAAUGGAUCCUUAGGCUCAGGAGACAUGGACAGUAUUUCCAAAAACUCUCCCAGUAAUAUGAGCAUGAGUAAUCAGCCUGGCACUCCCAGAGAUGAUGGUGAAAUGGGUGGAAAUUUUCUAAACCCUUUUCAGAGCGAGAGUUACUCCCCAAGCAUGACAAUGAGUGUGUGAUUCAUACCAAGUCUCCUCAUGAAGACCGCAGUGAGUUGGCCCUCUUCAGAGAGCUACUACAGAAGAAAAUUACUUGUCCCAGUGUACAGUUUAACAAAAGGAUUUCAGACACAACCAGACCCACCAACCAUCUUUUCCUACCAUCUCCCCAGUUUUAUGAAGAAAUUGGGUCCAAACAUGAUUCAAACAACUUUAAAGAGUGGCACAACGGAACUGCCCAAGAGUGAACUGCAAAUAAUUAUCUGUGUAUGUAUAAGUGCAGGUAGAUGUAUAUGUGUGGUGAUAUGUUAUAUUGACAUACAUACACACACAUAUACAUAUACAGACCUGCAGGACAUUGUAAAAUAUAUUACAUGACAUCUUAAGUAGAAAUAAGAAAUAGAGACUUUUAUUCCAUCUUUUUUUCACGUUUACAUUUUGACUAUUAAAAUUUGCGUUCCCUUACCCCCUGAACUGUUUUGUGCUGCAUAUAUCACUGCUAUAUAAGUUAUUUUUUAAGGUGAACUGAAAUGAUCAAUUGUUCUGAUUUUAUAAAUGUCUGACAUCAUGGAUAGGAAUAAAAUUGCUCUAAGAGGGCUUUCAUUAACUUGUAUUUAAACCAUUUACCCGAGGAAUCACAAACUGUAUUCUCUAAAGAAAUAGAAGAAAGCUCAUCUUAAUUUUGUGGUGAAAUUUAAUAAUUUGUCACAUAGCUUUGCUUAUGUGGGGUUUUUUUGUGGGUUUUUUGUUUGGUUUUUGUGCUUAGUACCUUAUAAAAUAGGAGCAUUGAAGGUUACUUUCCUUCCUUAAAUGAGGCCUAAUAUCUGCAAAAUCUGUUUGAAAUGGAAGCCUGAGGCCAUGACUAUACAAAUGGAGAACACCUAGUGCAGGGGUUGAUCUUCCAGCAUUCAGUUUAGUGGUUCUAGUAAGAACCCGCUAAACCGAACUCUCAGGGUGCUCCCAUCAACUCCUGAACUCCUUGCAGUUGCAAGGAAUAAGGGAAGUUGAAGGGGGCCGCUGGAGAAAUUUGGUUUAAGAUAUGUUGACUCCAGCUACAUUAUUUACAUAGCUGAAGUUUGCAUAUUUUAAGUCGACCUUGCGGUACAGUAUAGACCUGCCCUAAAGUUUGAAAAAAGACUUUGGAUUUAGUCAGAGUAUUUGAAAAUUGCUUUAACAGAGCUUCAAUUGCUAAAGAACCCAGCAAUAAAGUGGAAGAGCUUCUUCAGUCCUUGGAAAUAAGUUUUUCCAUUAGCCUCAUCCUCCAUGGGUGUGGUAGCAAGUACAAAUUCAAUAAAAUUCCUAUUACUGAAACCUCUUUUUCUAACAAACUGCCAGAUUGUCUCCUUUUCUGUUGAUUCUUGGCUGCUUCCCAAUUCUCUGUAGUCCUGAUUGUCAGAAUAUAUUUAGUAUUUUCCAAGCCAUUCAGAUAAUCAGGAUUCCACUGUACUUGAUUUUAUAUUUUUCACCAGGAAUACUAGAGCUGAACUUCUCAGAAACUUUCUAGUACAUAAUCACAUUAGUGAACUAUCAUGACUGAGCACUUUGUGGAUACUUCCCAUGCAUGGAAUGUUGGAAGAUUGAUGCUCUUCUGCCAGAAAUAGUGCAGGAACAGAGGUCUGAGCUUUUUAUAAGGAAAUCAGGAUACUGUAUUUUCAAACUUUGGAGAUUUCCUGCACCGUCAAAGAAAGGCCUUUAGGGGAGAGUCUCCUAUCCCUUAUGUAAAGCUCUAAAUCUAAGAUUAUAUUGCAUUUCAUUCCUAAUUAAUUCCACCUUCCCCC